AUGUGCCACGUGCGCUAUGCACGGGGUGGGCGUGGGAUGUGCCAUGGGUGCCGCACAGGAGUGGUGCACAGGGACGUGAAGCCGGCCAACCUGGUGGUGGACGAGGGCGAGCGCCACCUCUGCCUCAUCGACCUCGGCGCCUGUGUGGACCUGCGCUCCGGCCGCAACUAUGUGCCCAGUGAGACGGUGAUGGAUCCCAAGUACGCCGCCCCUGAGCGCUUUGUCAUGCCGCCCGCCACCACGCCGCACCUGCCGCCCGACCCGCUGGCGAGCCUGCUGUCGCCCUUCCUCUGGGUGGCCAACUCCCCCGACAGAUUUGAUGUCUUCUCCGCUGGCGUGGUGCUGAUGCAGCUGUCCCUCAAGUCACUGCGCCAUGAGGCCAACCUGGAGGGGUUCAACAACGAGUUGAAGCGCUGCGACUACGACCUGAGCAAGUGGCGGAAGAAGUUUCGUCCCUCCAACGCUGACAUGGCCCUGCUUGACGCCCAUGGCGGAGCAGCUUUUGACUUGGCACAGCAGCUGCUGCAGAAGCGACCCAACCACGACCAUGCCGUGUGGCCCAGCGUGUUUGGCAUGGGGCGGCCAUCAGCAGCCCGCGCCCUGCGCCACCGCUUCUUCUCCCUGCACCCCCCUCAACCCUUCCGCCUCCCCCGCUCCCCCCCCUCCGCCACGCCCUCGUCCGCCCCCGCCACCGCUGCCCCUGCUGCUGCUGCGCCCGCCACUGCCCCCUCUGCUGCUACCAGGCGCAGCAUGGCGGCCCCCCCUGCUGCCCCCGCUGCUGGCCUUGCUGCUGCUGGGCGCGCGGGCAAGGGGGAGAGGGCGGAAAGGGCGGAGAGGGGGGAGCAUGGGGAGAAGGGGGAGAAGUUGCAGGUUGGGGAGGAUGCGCGGGGGAGACACAAGGACGUGGGGCGGAAGAAAGGCCUGGCUGCUGUGGAGGUGGCGGCAGGAGGUGCCAAGGCAGGCGAGAGGAGUGAUGGCGUGAGAGGGCGAGGGGAGGCAGGCUGGGCAAGAGCGGAUGUGCGAGGAGGGAAGGAGGCAGCGGCACCGGGAGGAGGUGCGAAGGAGGGCAGUGAGGUGGGAAAGGGGUUGCUGGUGCAUGCACUCAAGUCUGUGGUGCCACCUCCCACCGCGCACCACCCCCAGCCCUCCCUGCACGCCCCCACUGCUGGCGGUGCCAAGGCAAGGCGGGCGGCAUCGGGUGACAAGGCGGGGCACGUGGCAGGCAGAGGGGACGCGGAGGGCGCAGAGGGGGAGAGCAGCAGGGGCAGGGGAGCAGGCGUGAGGGGGAGGGGGGAUCGCGGGAGGGCGGGGAGCAGACCAGUAGAUGUGGCGAGGGCGGUGAAGCGCGGGCACGUGGCCACGGCGUACGUGUUGGGGUCGCUCGUGGCGGGGCUCGCCCGCUCGCUGGACGACGACAAGAGCCGCGGCGGUGGUGGUGAGGGGGGGGGGGACGCAGGCAUGAGGCGUGGUGUGGGGGGCAGCGAGGCGGAGGCGGAUGAGGGUAAGGAGGCCACGGGAGGAGGUGGGAAGGAGGAGAGAGAUGGAGGCAAAGGGGAGGUAGAGGGCAGGAAGGACGGGAUGGAGAGGGAAGCUGGGCGUGUGGUGCGCGGUGGUCCUGAGAGGUCAGGGGUGCGGGCAGGAGGCGAUGGGGCGGGGGUGCAGAUGGGCAAGGGGAAGACGGUUGAGGCGGGGGGCAGGGGGCGUGAUGGGGGGAGUGAGGGGGGCGUGGGAGUGAGUGUGGCGGUGGGCAUGGCGGAGGUGGGGGUGGCAGCAGCGGGUGCGACGGCAACGGCUGUGAUGGCAAUCGCCUCCUCCGUGUGGCGCGGCAUGGCUACCCCCUCGCACGCCCCUCCCGCCCCCACUGCCCGCAGCAGCCCUGUGACAGCAGUGGUGGAGGCCAGUGCGGUGGGCAGUGGGAGGAGGGGGAAGGAGAGGAAGGAGCAGGAGAGGAUGUUGCAAGAGGCAGUGGAAGCAGCAGCGGAGGAGCGGGAACGGAUUCUGAGGGGGGUUGGGGAGAGAGAGGGCGGCAGGCAGCACGAGGGGUCGCCUGUGGAGUUGCAUGCAGUGGUAGGAGGUGGCGAGAUUGGGGCGUACGUGGGGGGGGUGGGAGUGGUGGCUCGGGAGGGGCGUAUGAGGAGGCAGGUGGAGCGGCAGGUGAUAGCAGAGGAGCUGCUGACGUCAGUGGGCGAGCUGGGGGUGCAGCUGGGGUCACUGGAGGAGUCGCUGCAGGCGGGCCGGCACAUGGCGGCAGAGCAGCAGCACCUGCUCACCCGGGUCAGUGCUGUCAGGGCCACCUUUCAAAGGGCCAAGGCUACAAAUUGA